CGAGCGUUAAUAAAAGCCGUUUACAUUAACGUUACUUUAAUGUAACCAGAUCGAUCACAAUCACCGUGUACCGAUUUGUUAUAAUGUUACUAACCAAAGCUCUGCCAAUGACUCCGUAGUCGUUUAUGACAUAUGCGGCGCCUGAUUGGACAGCAUCGACGAGACGAAAGCAAAGCAGUCAAAGCCCACAACCUACAUCUCUUGGGAUUGGUGGAUACGAAGGCGCUGGUGGAUAUAAAGCUUCAAAGAUAUAUACAUACCGCCAUCUACCGUACAGGAGUAUGAUGGAUACUUUUACUCCUGUAACGUUACUUCUCACUAACCCUGAUUCUCUAAAGUUGGUACAGAAAGGGUUCAUUUGAGCAAAUAAGGCAAAUAACAACAGAACUGCUACUGCAAACAUCAUCGGCUGAAACCUACAAUGGCUGUUUGACUACUUCCGCGCAGGCGCACAUUGAGCGACAGUCGGGCUACCAAACUGGUCAUACAGCGGGUGUGAAAAUGCAUAAGCUGAAGUCUUCACAGAGGGACAAGGUACGGCAGUUCAUGUCCUUCACACAGGCUGGGGAGAAGACAGCUGUGUACUGCCUCACACAGAAUGACUGGAAACUAGAAGUUGCUACCGACAACUACUUUCAGAAUCCAGAUCUCUACUGUAAAGAAUCCAUGAAAACGUCAGUAGACCGGAAAAGGCUGGAGCAGCUCUACAAUCGCUACAAAGAUCCCCAUGAUGAGAAUAAGAUUGGUAUCGAUGGUAUCCAGCAGUUUUGUGAUGACCUCUCGCUGGAUCCAGCCAGCAUCACAGUGUUGGUCGUCGCAUGGAAGUUUCGUGCUGCCACUCAGUGCGAGUUCACCAAGAAAGAGUUUCUGGAUGGAAUGACAGAGGUGGGAUGUGACAGCCCAGAAAAACUGAAGGCCCUUUUGCCAAGAUUAGAGCAGGAGCUCAAAGAUAGUGGGAAGUUCAAGGACUUCUACCAGUUCACCUUUAACUUUGCCAAAAAUCCCGGACAGAAGGGUCUAGACUUGGAGAUGGCUGUUGCCUACUGGAACCUGGUUCUGUCAGGACGAUUUAAGUUCCUUGAUCUUUGGAAUAGAUUCCUUUUGGAACACCAUAAACGAUCCAUCCCAAAGGACACAUGGAACCUAUUGUUGGACUUUGGUAACAUGAUUGCAGAUGACAUGUCAAACUAUGAUGAGGAAGGAGCAUGGCCCGUCCUUAUAGAUGAUUUUGUGGAAUUCGCUCGACCAAUUGUAACAGGAUCAAAACGUAAGACUCUCUAAAUCCAACCCCAAGUCUGGAAAGCCAGAACGUUGUUUCUUUUACAGUGACUUCAUAGUUUUUUUUAAGACUUGUACAAAAAAAGUGAAAAGCUUUGACUUCAGAGAGAAAACGGAAGCACUUGAAACUGUCAAGAAACUACCUUUCAGGGAGCUGAGUAAAAACAAUGAGAACAACUGGCCACAUUUUUGUCCUCGUGAGACUGAGGCGUCAUGCGGACAUCGCCAAACUCACCUCUGUCUGUCCUGUUGGAUUCUCCGUAUCCUGGACGCCCCUAGGCUCUGCUCCAGGAGGAGCACUACCUGUCAGGCCACAGCCCUGUAAGUGCGGAUGGACACAGUACUAAGCGGAUGUCAGUUGGCGGUGUGUACUCUAAAGGGAUUGGAGAGGAGAAAACUGUGUGUUUUUAAGAUUCUUCCUAGUCAGCUUUGUUUUGUUAUAUGAAGUUCCAGAGUGACUGUGCAAAGCUCCCAUGUCUUACUCUCACUUUGGGACAGAGUGCUCACGACACCAGCACCAACAGAACUGUUGCAGUUUUUACUGUACAUACUGUAUCUAUUGGGACAGUUUACAAAGAUAGCUAUAUGAAGAAUAAUAUAAAUAUGUUCAAUUUAUAAAUGCAAAAGAUGAUUCUUUUAUGUACAGUAAAUGCUAAGAUCUCUAACGGGAUGCCUCAAUAUCGUGGAUGACAUGCUGUUGGUUUAAUUGUUAGGUGGAUCUGUCAAGUCAUGGAGUUGUGAGCUUCUCAUUGAAAGCAUUUUAGACACAUUUGACGUUGCCUCGGGCUGAUUUCACAAAUACAUUUUCACUCAAGUAAAGGCAGUGCUUUAAUUUAGAUAAUUGAUAUUGGUUCAUGGUACUCAUUUGUCCAGUUAGUCUCAGUUUGGUCUUGAAUCCUAAAUGUAAGUCUGAUUGAUCCGUCAGUCCUAUCCACAAUAGCACCAUUUUGCUUUCAAAAGAUAGUUUCUUUGUAACUGUUGACGAAAGACUAUUUAUCUGGUGACAAAUCCCUCUGAGGCAUUAAUGAUGCUGUAGCAGCAUUUAAGUAAAGUUUAAAGUUAAGAAAUUACAGACCCUUAGGAUUGCAUGGCACAUAUCUGUAUGUUAUGGCAGUGCGAAGACCUCAGUUCAGAAGCCAGGACACUAAAGAGGGCAACGACAGGACGACAAAGUAAGCCUUAAGAAUAACUAUCUGUCUGUUCAAUAUUUAUGUUUCCGUUCAAGCCCAUCUGUCCAGUGUUACUGAAGGUAGUGAAAAGUAGAGUAUAUUGUUGAUACAUCAUGUAAGUAUAUUGUUCAUUUAAGAAAGAUGAAUAAAGCAUGAGUUUUUCCAUAA